UCUAGCAGUCUAGCAGCCAGCGGGCACAGUUUCGUUCUCGACCCGGAUCAGUGCGUACGUGCUACGGUCCCGUCCGGCCGACAUAACCACCGCCACCACGACUCGUACGUGGAUCACGGAUUGAUGACCGCAACAGGAACAGCAGCUUUUUUCGUGUCGCAGACACUCGCGGCCAGUCGUCCGAUCGACGCUCGCUCGGGCCAUCACGCUCUGCCAGUCCAUCUCGUCCGAGGAUAAAAGACCGCCGAGAUCCCCCGAGGGAGUCUGCAGGAGGAGAGCCGCUUGUCGUCUGCAAGGACGGAACCGUGUGUGACGGUUUGCGCUGGUCGCUCUGCACACGGUUGGUGGCUAAAAAGACGAAACGUCGCGCAAUAUGGCCGUGUGAAAAGUGGUGCGGACGACUACCACAGACGGAGAGAUUCGGUCGCUUACAGACGCGGGGGAAGAAAAUAAUGAAAAUUUGUUCUGGACCGGCAUACAUCAAACACCGUCCCAGAGUGACAUGUACAGCAGUCAAUCACAAGGUUUGUGUUCAGAACGGUUGGUGGCAGACGAAAGUGUCGCACUUGUCACGCAUCACAAAAAACGCAAGCUGGACCAACUACAUAACGCCGCUUGCGGCCCUGAAAAUUACCACCAUAAUAAAUACAAAUUGAGUUCGCUUCACCACCAUUACGAACCAAUCGUUGAGUUGGUGCCAUAUGAACCUGUUAAGUACCGCAAACAUCAUGGUACUUCUAUUGCACCAUCCAACAUUAAGACCAGUCCAUCAUCUGCACAUAAUCAGAAUUUCAUACGGGCAUCAACCAUCAAAUUAUUAGACACGUACCAACGCUGUGGACAAAAGCGGAAGUCGUGUGAAGGCGGUAUAACAAAUGGUGUGGAGUCAAGUUUUGGAGUCGGAGGAGCAAAUACUGCAUCAACUACUACUACUACUACCACUACCACAACGGGGCAACAAGGGAAACAGGGUGCUGAUGGUGAUUAUCAGUUGGUUCAGCACGAAGUACUUUACUCAAUGACGAAUCAGUAUGAAGUUCUAGAGUUUUUAGGUCGAGGAACUUUUGGUCAGGUUGUAAAAUGCUGGAAAAAAGGAACAAAUGAAAUUGUUGCAAUUAAAAUACUAAAGAACCAUCCAUCAUAUGCUAGGCAAGGUCAGAUUGAAGUAAGUAUUCUGUCACGAUUGAGCCAAGAAAAUGCAGAUGAAUACAACUUUGUUCGUGCGUAUGAAUGUUUUCAACACAAAAAUCAUACUUGUUUGGUGUUUGAAAUGUUGGAGCAAAAUUUAUAUGAUUUCCUGAAACAAAACAAAUUUAGUCCACUACCUUUAAAAUUUAUUCGACCAAUAUUACAACAAGUAUUGACUGCUUUGUUAAAGUUAAAGGAUUUGGGUCUUAUUCAUGCAGAUUUGAAACCAGAAAAUAUAAUGCUAGUUGAUCCUAUCCGUCAACCUUACAGAGUUAAAGUAAUUGAUUUUGGUAGUGCAUCUCAUAAAAGUAAAGCUGUAUGCAACACUUAUUUGCAAAGCCGAUACUAUAGAGCCCCUGAAAUCAUACUUGGUUUACCAUUUUGUGAAGCAAUUGAUAUGUGGAGUUUAGGAUGUGUAGUAGCAGAACUUUUUUUGGGUUGGCCAUUAUAUCCAGGGUCAUCAGAAUAUGAUCAAAUACGUUACAUUUGUCAAACACAAAAUUUACCAAAUUUAGACAUGUUAACAAAUGCAUCAAAAACCUCCAAGUUCUUCUAUAGAGAUGUUACAUAUCAAAAUAAUUGGAGAUUAAAGAUAAUGGAAGAACAUGAAGCUGAAACUGGAAUUAAAUCUAAAGAAGCAAGAAAAUACAUAUUUAAUUGUUUAGAUGAUAUUGGACAAGUUAAUGUGCCAACAGAUUUGGAAGGUGGUGAACUUUUAGCAGAAAAAGCAGAUAGACGAGAAUUUAUUGAUCUUCUUAAAAGAAUGUUAUCUAUGGACCCUGCUAAUAGAAUACAUCCUAAUACUGCUCUUCUGCAUCCAUUUGUAACAUUAGCACAUUUGGUUGAUUUUGCCCGAUGUGAUAAUGUUAAAGCAAGUGUACAAAUGAUGGAAGUUUGUCGACGAGCCUUACCUGAUCAUCAUUCAAGUUCUGGGCAAGCUGUACUGGUGCCAGCAACUAAUGCCAAUGUCACUCUUGCUUUUAAUAACCAGUAUCAGUUAUAUAACAGUCGAUCAAUGGCUAGACAAUAUAGUGGUAGCUCAAAUCAACAUCAAGCUCAUUUAUCAAUACUUUGUUCUGCUGGUCCUGGAGCUUAUCAAACUGGAACAUCACCUCCAAAACAUGUAGCUGUUAUGCCACCUCCUCCUCAUCCAUCACAAUUACAAAUACAACAUUCUACAAGUUUGAUUACUCAACAGCCUGGUGGUGGUCAACAGCAAUAUGUGCCUGUAUCUAUGGUUGAUGGAAGUCGUCAAAUGAUUGCUACUUGGCCAGCUCCUCCUGGACCUCAUCAUCGUCAAAUGACUAUAGUUCCUCCACCUGGAGCAGGAGCAGCUUCAGCAGCAUGGCAUUCUGCAUCUGCUGCCGCAGCCGCAGCUGAUUGGGCAGUUCCUAGGCCUCUAAUUGUUGAUUCGGCUACUGCAAUAUUACAAGAUCAACGGCAAGUUGCUUUUACUACAGCUGAUGUUUAUGAUGGUCUGUUGGAAAGCCCCACAAUGGUUGGUACAAUUUGGGGGAGUUCUAAUAAUAAAUCACGUUCAACCAAACACAUGGCUCCACCUCAAUCGCAUCAUCACCAUUCAAACUAUCAACAAGCACCGCCUGCACAUCACCACCAUCAUCAUCAUAGGCAAGAUAAAAAGGAUACUGUUAUAAACACUACAAAUCAACUCAGCCCAGUGAAAAAACGAGUCAAAGAAGGAACUCCUCCUCAAGAAUAUGAUGGAAGAAUUAACAGAGGAAGUUUAUUAUCUACUUCAGACAAUAUUCCAAAUUGGCACCAACCUUCUCCUUCUUAUAAACAACUGAUUAACAAUAGGCAACAUACUAUAACUAUUCAUGACACUCCAUCUCCUGCUGUUUCUGUCAUUACAAUAUCUGACAGUGAAGAUGAAGCUUCAUCUAAAGGAGUUCAGAUGAAUAUCAAAACUAAUCGUAACAAUCGUAAAAAUGUAAUUUCAUGUGUAACAGUUGGUGAGAGUGAUAAUGAAGAACUAUUACCGUCUAAACCUUUGACAUACCAUCAAAAACAACUUCAAAGUUUACGUUCAACUCCAGUAAUUUACCAAUCUUCAUCAAAAAGUUCUAAUAUACAAAAUGGUGAAUAUAUUGCUUGCCGUAAUAGUCCUCCAGGUUUAGAGUUAAAUGCUGGUCAAUAUCCUCAACAUUCUUCUAUUACCAAUAACUCUCAGCAACCUAUUUAUAUGCCACAAUCACAAUUACCCAGUGAAAUAAAACACGAACCACAUUAUAGUUCUUCCCAUAGUGGCAAUUCUAUGUCUCAGUCACAACUAAAGAGAAUUGUAUCAAAAGGACAACACGCACAUCAAAGUCAAGAUUGUAAUAUUUUUAACACUUUGGGAACGAGCAAGCCAGAACCACCACAAGCUAUCGAAUACUAUUGUAGUGGGACAAACUGUAAAGAUCCUUACCAUUAUGUCACUCCUCAUGAUCAACAUAUAGUUUAUGCUGGUGAUAAACGUUUAUCAUAUGCAAUACCCUCAGCGCAUAAACGCAACAUUUCCAAUCCCAUGGACUAUCAAUUGCAGCCUCCGGUAGCACAUUCCAGUAGGGAUUCACACAUUAUAAGUGCACCAAAAACAGCAUGGACUCAACAAACUAUACCAGUACAUCAAGCUUACAGAAGUCAUGUGGCCGAUUACACAGCUGCUCAUCUUUCUCCACAAGCCCUCGGAGCUAACCGCGGCCUGUCUCCUUUGGCUGGUCAACCUUUGUAUCACCAAAGUGAUAUUUACCGCCGACAAGCUGUCUAUGUGACUACUGGUCAACCACCAACAGCAGCAGCGUAUUUGCCGUCUCCGCAAGUUCCUCCUACUGCUUUUACAACAGGCCCUAUUCCACCUCCUGCACAUCAUGCAAGCGCAAGACCUUUACUUACCACCCAUGCUACACAUCCGUUACCAGCUCACAUGCAACCAACUGCUGUAUAUGGCUAUUUAAGUCCAGCAAAAACACAUCAUCAAUAUCAACCCCUUUGGUUCACUGAGUAGGGAUUAUCACAGAGGUCUGGCAGUGAAUUAAUGGCACCACUACUUAAUAGCACAGAUCAUCUAGUCAUUAAAGUCAGACCUCUGUACAUGUUAACAACUGAUCCUGUACACACAUAAAGUAA